AAUCUGGUGCUCUUUGGCCUCCCCUCUGUAAGGUUGGAUCAGAACUCCAGCUUACACUCUGCUUUUAACAAAUUCACCAAGCACUAAACUAUGUUUAGGCACUGUUGUAUUAGGCAUUUCACAUUCAUUAUCUCAUUUAAUCCUCAAAACAAUCCCACAUAUUAGCUUUAGAGAGGUUAAGGUACUUGCUUAAAGUCACACAGUUAAGUGGUAGAGCUGGGCUUCAAACCUGGGCUUGCCUAGCACCAAAGCUUGAGCUCUGACCUCUGUGCUGCACAUUCACCACUCAGCCAAUGAACCCUCAUGAGCGCGUGAGAAGAGAAACUUGAAGGCCCUUGAGUGACUGGGAGGCUAGAUGAUGGCCCCCAAAAGGUAUUCACCUCCUCAUCCCUGGAACCUGUGAAUGUUACUUUAUAUGGUGAAAAAGGACUUUGCAAAUGUGAUUAAGUUAAGAACCUUGAGAUGGGAAGAUUAUCCUGUACUAUCCAGGUGGGAUCUAAAUACAGUCACAUAUAUCAUCAUAAAAGGGAGGCAGGGGAUCUGGCACACACACAGAAGAGUUGGUAAGGCAGUGUGAUCGUGGAGGAGGAGACUGCAGUGAUUGGCCGCAAACCAAGAAAUGCCAGCUGCUACCAGAAGCUGGAAAAGGCAAGGAAUGAUUUUCCCCUGGAGCCUCCGGAGAAAGCACAGCCCUGCUGACACCUGGUUUGGCCCAGUGAUACUGGUUUCAGACUUCUGGCCGUCAGAACUGUGAGAGAAUGUGUUUCUGUUGUUUUAAGCCACUAAGUUUGUGGUAAUUUGUUAUGGCAGUCACAGGUGACUUUGUGACCUCUCUAGGCCAGUUUCCUUAUCUGUAAAAUGAGGAUAUUAGUGGUAAUACCUAGAAUUAAAAAAAAAAAAGGGCUAGCAUUUACCUAGCACAAGGUAGAUGCUCCACAGGGCUAUUAUCCCUCGCAGGGUCCGAGAGGAAUAUGUAUGGGGUGCUUUGGGAGCACAUGGGAAGGAAGGACAAUUAACCCAGCCUCUAGUUCAUAAAUGCACGUGACCAUCCAGUAAGGUUAACAAAGAAGUUGAAAUUAAUUAAAAAUGACAGUAUAUGGCAUUUAUUGACCAAAUGACAGAGAGUUCACAAAACAAUCUCCAUCCUUAAUUUCUAAGAGUGACUGCAACCACCAGAGAAACUUUUCAGGUGGUAACUCAUUACCUCGUGGAUGCCCCAGCGACUUUAUUUUUCUGGAGGUGAUUCUGAAUGGUCAUUCCAGGACACAUUAAUUAAUGAACCAUAAAAAUAAACACUGCAACUGGAAACUGGAAGUGUAAAUUCAGUUGCCUAUCAGGAAUGUCAUCUGUGACCAUCACACUUUGUCCUUAGAAAUGAGAAGAGGGAAGGCUGGACUUAUCUAGGGGCCUGGUUCCCAGGCAUGUAAGGAUUAUUUCUCCCUGAGGGCUGCACUGAAGCUAGGCCAGAGAGUUUGCUUUUGAGCAGUUCCCAUUUGUUCAUCCAGCUCCUGGAGAGUCGUCAUUGCCUUCAUUAUGGAUUGCUCUGGGCUAGUGAUGGAAGAGUUAGCAGGGUGGCCUGGAGUGGCUCUUAGCAGGCUGGUGCCAGCUGACACAUGCCACUUAGGUUUCCAAGGAGCCAAGCUGUCCCCACUCACGCAUGGCUGAUGCACUUGUGGCUAAAUGCGGUGCCACCAGGGCCCCGGGCCAGAUUCAGGGCAGGAAAUAGAAUGCCAUCUCCAUCACCAGGGAAACAAUGGCCUGCGUGCAUGAUUUAAACCAGGGCCAACAAGAAAGCUCAAAGGCAGGGUCAGAAGAGGAAGGGAGACCAGAGAGUGGCUUGUAUGGAUUUUGUCUUGGGUUAUAACUGUUGACAAGCCACUUAGCUGCCCCCAUGUUUAAGUUUAUCUGCAUAUAAGAUGGGGGUAACAAUAUUUACGCAUCUCACUGGGGACUUAUGAAAACAACAUUUCUGACAGACCACUCAGGAUCCAUGGAUGGAAGAUGGUAUAACAAAGAGCGAGUAGAAGAGAAAGGAGCAAAACCAAAGCACACGCUGAGCACCAGAGGCGUGCAAGCCGAGCUCAAGGGGCCUUGGGAAGAGAGCCAGAAGGUGGACCUGCCAGAGGGGACAGUGGAGAGGUUGCCCCCCAUCAGUGCUUCGGGGAUAGGAGCUGACCUCCUUACGCAGGCAGAGGCCUCACCAGGGCAGGGAGACGGAGUUCCUGGCCCAGCCCAGGUACGCUCAGAGGUGGAAGCCAAAGCUCCUGUAGCAUCCAGCGAGAACCCCAGAACGGGCCUGGAAUUGUCUGUGGUGUCUGAAAGGGUCAGUGAGGCUCCCACCGGCCAGGAGGCUGCAUCGGGUGCAGGACGAGGAACAUCAUCCAGUAGGCCUGACCCUCGGCCCUCGGAGGAGGGCAUGAGGCUGACUCCAGCGCUGCCAGCCCAGGCCAAGUCAGCUCACGGUGGUGGAGAAACACCUCCAAGGAUCUCCAUCCAUGUGCAGGAGACAGACACCCCUGGGGAGCUACUUGUGACACGAGGCGGCAGCCUCAGAACCACGCCCCCUGCAGAGGCUUCAGCAGCUGCCCAUCCAGGUGAGCAGGACUCAUCUGGGCCCAGGUGCUGCCCCCAGGCCCCUGGGACUGAGUCAGGAAAACAUAUCCCAAAAGGAGCCGGGGUGUUUUCCCCACUGUGGAAGCGGAGCAGCGACUGUGGAGCAAAGGACAAAGAGAAGCAGGGAUCUGGGCCCGAGCCCGCCAUGGCACCAAGCAGGGCCUGGAGGGACAAGGGAGCUGAUGCCAGGACCCCAGGCCCGCAGCAGGACACAGGCCCAGGAGCAGGGAACCCCGAGCCUGGAAAAGACUGCACAGCCAGGGGCACGAGCGGAGCCGAAGCAGGAAGGAGGACACCCCCGGGAGCUGAGGCGAGCAGCCUGUUUCUGGACGACAGUCCAGCCCCGCCAGCCCCCUUCGAGCAUCGGGUGGUGAGUGUCAGGGAGACCUCGACCUCAGCGGGCUACACAGUGUGCCAGCACGAAGUCCUGGGAGGGGGCCGGUUUGGCCAGGUCCACAGAUGCACGGAGAAGGCCACGGGCCUCUCGCUGGCGGCCAAGAUCAUCAAAGUGAAGAGUGCCAAGGACCGGGAGGAUGUGAAGAACGAGAUCAACAUCAUGAACCAGCUCAGCCAUGUGAACCUGAUCCAGCUCUACGAUGCCUUUGAGAGCAAGAACAGCUUUACCCUUGUCAUGGAGUAUGUGGAUGGGGGUGAGCUCUUUGACCGGAUCACAGAAGAGAAGUACCACCUGACCGAACUGGAUGUGGUGUUGUUCACCAAGCAGAUCUGCGAGGGUGUGCAAUACUUCCAUCAGCAGUACGUCCUGCACUUGGACCUCAAGCCUGAGAACGUACUGUGUGUCAAUCAGACGGGACACCAAAUUAAGAUCAUUGACUUUGGGCUGGCCAGAAGGUACAAGCCUCGGGAGAAGCUGAAGGUGAACUUUGGCACUCCAGAGUUCCUGGCCCCGGAAGUUGUCAAUUACGAGUUUGUCUCGUUCCCAACGGACAUGUGGAGUGUGGGAGUCAUCACCUACAUGCUGCUCAGUGGUUUGUCCCCAUUUCUAGGGGAAACAGAUGCAGAGACCAUGAAUUUCAUUGUGAACUGUAGCUGGAAUUUUGAUGCUGACACCUUUGAAGGGCUGUCAGAGGAGGCCAAGGACUUUGUCUCCCGGUUGCUGAUCAAAGAGAAGAGCUGCAGAAUGAGUGCCACACAGUGCCUGAAACAUGAGUGGUUGAAUAACUUGCCUGCCAAAGCUUCUAAAUCAAAAGUUCGUCUCAAAUCCCAACUAUUGCUGCAGAAAUACAUGGCUCAGAGGAAAUGGAAGAAACACUUCUACGUGGUGACUGCUGCCAACAGGUUAAGGAAAUUUCCACCUUGUCCCUAA